AGUGUUCGCACACUGCUUGACGAGCCCUUUGUUUUGUUGUGACGUGACAAAUGCUGUAAGGAAGUAACGGCAUGCAGAUUUUGUGGAUCUUGGUGUUCGCCGCUUGCGCGGUGGCUGGCACCUCAGCAGACCGCGGCGGAUCGUUGCGCGGAGCCCUCGAGGCUUUGCAGAGACGGCAGCGAAGCCGCAUUCAAGGCCAAAUACCACCACCGGACUACGAGUCGCUAUAUGAAUUCGUUCCACCUCAAGCCUACCCUGAACCUGAUUAUGGAGAAGAUGUAGAAGAUAUGGAUGAGGAACCGACACCAAAAUACAUUGUCAAGGUUUUAGGAAACGAAAGACCUUCUGAAGCUUACGAGUAUAAAAUAAUAAAGAAAAACUCAGCGUAUAAUGGGCCCGCUCUUAAACAAGAAUCACCUUUUCGUGAGCGCAGCCAGCAUUCAGAUAAUGAAAGGCUUCGUGAUCUGUUCAUGGAUAGAAACGAAGGUGAAGAAAACAAUAAUGCUUUAGAAAACAAGGAAGAAAAUGAUGCUGAAUACGCAGUACUGCUGGGCCAGCUUUGGUCAAAGUAUAAGAAUAACAAAGCUCGGACUGACAAUGCUGAGAAUGCACCUCAAGGGGUAGUGAAAUUGUAUAAAGAAAAAAUUGUCAAGAAGCGAUAUCCAAAUAACUGGGGCCCAAUAGCUUUUAAACGUAAACGUAGCCCUGACUCGGACUUCGAGAGAACAAUUUUAACUGAUACCGAAGCCAUUAAGAAACCUUUAGAAAAUCUGAACCCGAUUGAUCCAAACAAUUCAUACGAAUUGCCUGAAGAUGAUAAGGAUGAUAUGCGAGAAGAAUAUGCUAUUGCAUUUCAACCACUUGAUGACGAUGGCCUUUCUGAUUUAGCAGAUGAAGAUCAAUAUGGAUAUGAGUCUAUGGAAAAACGUUUUCCAAUAUCAAAACGAAGCAGUGGUCCAUAUAAUUUUAAUAGCCAAAAGAAAAGAUUUGCAGCAGACCAGGGCAAACAUGACAAUUCUAAAUCAUUUAGGAGCAGUGCAGGUACGGAUCCUAAAAUCAUAAAUGAUCUAUCAAAAAUAUUUGGAGAUUCAGACCACCAAAUCAUAAAAACAACUGUAAAGCGAAGUAGUGAAUAUGUCGAGAGCUCUCAUGAUACAAAACCUCCAACACUUAUAAUGGAAAGCCAUAACCAUACUCAAGAUUAUAAUGGUACUGCCCGUAUCGACCACAGUCUUGAAGAACAUGGUCAUAAUAUGCAUCCACCUGUUCUAUCUAGCAAGGAACAUGAACAUAGCCAUGACGAUAAUCAUUCUGCUGAUCACAAAGUUACUCAUGACCACUCGCACCAUGACCAUGUUGGAGAAAGUGAGAAGCCCUUAAAAAUUACAAAGAAAUCAAUUGACUGGUCUGACUAUUUUGGGAUCGACAAAAGGCUACAAAAAUCUGUUUCCUUUGUUAACAAGCUUAAUGAAGAUAGAUUGAAGAAACAAUACUUUGAUACAUUUAACAAGGAAGUCAUAUAUCCCUUAAAUUCGUUUAGGCAACACAACUUUGCUAAAAGAAAUUACGUGCAAGCUAAGCCUACUAAGGAAACUGAAAAUCAAAUGAAUCAAAUACAAACUCCUGCGAUUAGUGACGAAAAGAGAAGUUCUAGUUCCGAUAAUGAAUCAAAGCUGGAUAGUAUUGACAAGAAACUACGAAAUAUGGAAGGAUUGAUUGUUGAUGAAGCAUUGCAUUAUUCAAAUAUUGGGGAAGAACUCGAUUCAAAGGAAGAACAGGAAAUGAAAGAAAAGUUACUUUCUCGAUUAGCUGCAGCUUAUAGUUUGGAAAAAAUGCGAAAAGCCCUAAAAGAUUUUAAACAAAGUCUGCAAUUGCAAAGGAAUUCAGCAGGUAUGCGUUCCACUCCUGACCAAGCUGAAGCAAAAGAUAAAAGAGUUGCUAUUAAAAAAGAAAAAGUUAUUUUGAGUAACGAAAUACCAACGCUCGCUAACAGUAAUGAGAAAAAUGAAGAUUUUGAAGAUGAACAAGGAGCCGGACAUUAUUUGAAUGGAAAAAUCGAAGAACAGCUGUCGGAAGGAUAUAUGGGUGGCAGUGGAAGACACCGUAUUCCGGUUAUGUCAACUGCGAGUUCAUCUGGAGCAUGCCCAGUUCUAGCAAAGAUUGUGCAAAGAUGCCGUGGUGUUGAUCUAUUGGCUGGAGAUCGCGGACAACUAUUUCUUCCUUUGUGCAGCCUGCAUCAGAUUUGUUAUCUUUGCGGAGAGGCUCCUCCAACAACUUGUGACUUGGUAUUUCUCUCCGAAGCAGAUUCUACAUGCGAGGGUGAUAUGAGUUGUCAGCGAGCUGCUCGUUCCGCUCUCAUGGCUCUGAGGGAACUACAUGAUAAUUUGGCUGAUGAACUAGAUGGUGAAUGCGAAGCUAGCCCAUGCUUGCAUGCUACAUUGAAGCUUAAUCUGGGGUGGCAAAGAGCAUUGCAGCGAUAAAAGAUGAAAAGCAAUCAAAAAUUUUGAAGUUAAAGCCAAGUUCAAUGAUCUCAGCGACACAUAAUGUAUCGAAAUGGAAGCGAAGCCUAAUUAAUGAGUUUAAAAACUCGAUUAUUUAAAACUUCUCUUUUAAUAUUAAAGAAUGUAAUGAGUAAAAUAUUACUAUCAUGAUAAUUUUUGAAUAUUUUAAUAUUUGUAUUUUUUCAAACUGUUACUUAUUCCUAGAGUUUCACUGUAAACUAUUUAUUUCCAUCUCCGAACCCUUAUGCGCUUAACCAGCCAUAAGCGCAUCAAGGUUAAAGUUUUCUAUUGUAACUGAUAUCCGUCUAAUGUAUACUUAGCUUUUUGCUAUUGAUAUAAGUUAUGCAAAUUCAGUCGCUUUGAUUGUCAAAUGUUUUUCAGUUAUGAUAUAUUCUUAAUCAUCGUCUGGAUAAUCGUAAGCUUUUAUUAAUUUGCAUUGCUAGUUCGAUAGUUUAUUAUAAACGUUAGAUGUACAUGGUGAGUCAGAUCAAUAUGGGGUGAUUUCUCGGAUUUGUAGGUAAUGUUUAUGGGUGUUUGGAAAAGUAUCUCUAUCGUUGUUAAAUAUUUACUAACAUUAUAUACAAUGUUUCUUUAAAUGUGUCAACGUUAAUUAAGUAUUACAUUAACUAAAAUUAACUA